AAGAAAAAGCCAGUCCAGUCCAGAAAAAGUGUUUUUGUGAAGGAAAACCCCAGAAAAUUCACACAGGAAGAGAAGAAAAGUGCCGAAGCUUUGCCAGCGUUUUUGGUGUUGAACAAACAGGUAACAACAAACCAUGGGUUCAUCAAAAAAGCAUAAACGAGAUUCUAAAAAGCAUAAACGUCGUUCGCGUUCACGUAGCCGCUCACCACGGUACGAGCGUUCGGAACGUAGCGAGCACCGCCGCCGUUCCGAUUCCCACUCCGAGGACAACAACGAUGGCUACGGCGAGACGGCCCGCCGGCACAAGAAGCACCGGCGGGAGCACAGCGAGCAUCGGCACCAGCACCACCACAGCCACAGCCGGCAGUACGAGCGCACCGCCGCCCACCCGCGCACCCAUCCCGAGGUGAACGCCGUCGACGACGAUUCCGACAGCUCGGACUGUGUGGAGGUGCCGCUGGAUGAGGGGAGCGCACCGGCACCACCGCCGCCCUCGAUCAGUCGCAAGUCGCCCGCGCCGGAUCGCGUUCCGUCUCCUCCGCCGCCGCCGCAGGUACAGAAGCGUCGCCGGUCGCCCACUCCACCGCCAUCCGCACCGAAGCCGGUAUCGUCGGCGCGGAAACGGUCCAUCUCGCCUGUCCCCUCCAACGGUGCCGGGGAUGUGCUGUCCGUGGAGGAGACGAACAAACUGCGGGCCAAGUUGGGCCUGCGUCCGCUAGAGGUGGGGUCGUCCAAGAGCCAGCCGGAACCGGCUGCGAGAAGACGUCAAAGGUCACCUUCACCACCGCCUCCACCGAAGGCGUCCUCCUCCUCCUCUCGCAAGCGGUCCGUUUCCCCCAUUCCAGACAAUGGCGCCGGUGAUGUGCUUUCCGUCGACGAUACGAACAAGCUGCGGGCCAAGCUGGGCCUGCGUCCGCUCGAGUCGUCAUCGUCGUCGGGAAAGAAACGCACCCGCUCCCCUUCACCACCACCACCGCCGAAGGCAUCCGGUUCGUCCAGCAAGCGGUCCGGAUCGCCCAUCCCGGAGAAUGGUGCCGGCGAUUCGCUCUCGAUCGAGGAAACGAACAAACUGCGCGCGAAACUCGGCCUUCGUCCGCUGGAGGUGGGCAGCGGUACGAAAUCGGCGGCCGACACCGGCUCUAAAGCGGGCGAACCGGAAGGAAGCACCGAAAAGCUGAAGGACGACUGGGGUGAAUUCUAUCACAAGCCGGCCAAAAACCUGUCGGAGAAGACGAAGGAGGAAAAGAUGCGCGAAAAGCUGAAGGAGCGGAAGGAAAAGCGCGCGAUCGAGGAAAAGCUCAAGCGGCUGAAGACGCUCGGCGAGGAGGACGAUGUGGACGACCUGAAGAACUGGGUAGCGAAGACACGGGACAAGGACCGGCUCAAGAAGGAGGCCGAAGAGCGGGCCCGCCUGCUGGACCAGCUGGACGAGGAGCUGGUCUCGGGCGGGGCGGAUUUGGAUCCGUCCGGAGGACGGGCGGGACCAUCGCGACGAGGUCGCGCCGGCCCGAGCAAUGCAGCGUACCGUGACCGCGAUCUGGAGGGAUUGCGGGUCGAGCACGACGUGGAAGCGUUCACCGAGGGCCGGCAGGUCAUACUGACGCUGAAGGAUGCGGACGUGCUGGACGAGGCGGCGGGCGACACGCUCGUGAACGUGAACAUGAUCGACGACGAGCGGUACAAGCGCAACGUGGAGAACCGGAAGGCGAACCCGCAGCACUACGGCUACGACGUGUACUGCCAGGACGAGGUGGACGAGUUCGGGAUGCCGAAGCAGCGCGAGGUGCUCGGCAAGUACAACGAGGAGAUCGAGGGCGGCCACCGCAAGAGCAGCUUCGUGAUCGGCUCGAACGCGGAGCAGGAGGCGCAGGAACGGCGCCGGCUGCUCGAAAUCAAGACCAAGCUGGAGAAGAAAAAGCUCGACUCGCUGGAAACGACCCCGCUCACGCUGGUGUCCGACUACUUUACCGAGACGGAGCUGUCGACGUUCAAGAAGCCGAAGAAGAAGGUGCGCAAAAUGCGCCAGAAGCUGCGGGCGGACGAUCUGCUCGCCACGCUGCCUCCCGAAGAGGGCACGGCCGAUUUGGGUUCGCGCUCGCGGCGUCAGGAGCGAUCGGCCGGGGAGCGUUCAUCGACGACCGGGUCGGAGGAUCGCAAAAGCUUGCGAGCGCGGGCCGCCGGUAUACUGCUGACGGACGACACGCCCGCCCUGUCGGAGGAUCUGAGCUCGGUCAAGCUGGACGAUGCGCUCGAGGACGACGAGGAUCUGCAGGCGGCCCUGCAGAAAGCGCGCCGGCUGAAGCAGAAGGAAGCGAUCAUCUCCAAAGCGCUGCCGAUCGAUCCGGAGCGGAUCAAGAGCGAGAUCAAGGAGGAGCCGGACAGUGGCGGAGAGCAGGCCGAUCAUCACGGCGCGAUGCUGCUCAACUCGACGGCCGAGUUUUGCCGCACGCUGGGCGACAUUCCCACGUACGGUACGGCCGGCAAUCGCGAGGAGGACCCGAACGACAUGAUGGACUUUGAGCGGGACAGUGCCAGCGAUCGGGAGGGUAUGGAGUCGGAUCCGGAGGAGGGUCCAUCCACGUCAUCCCGUCGGCAUCAUCAUCAUCAUCAUGGAUCGCAGCACAGCGGUGCCUGGAACUCGGUCAACACGGAGCAGGAGCAGGAUGAUACCCGGGAGGUAAAGGUGGAGGAGGUGGCGAUCCUCGACGAGGAGCCGGACGUGGCACUCAGUGUGGCGGGAGCGCUCAAGCUGGCCCAAUCGAAGGGUUACCUCGAGCGGGAGGAAAGCAACCGCCCGAGCAAUGCGCGGUUCGCCCACCUGCAGGCGCAGAACUACUCGAUCGAGGACAAAAACUACGGCGAGGAGAACGAUAAGUACUCGCGGCGCGAUCGCUACGCCGGCCCGAUCACGGAGUUCAAGGAGAAGGAAACGUUCAAGCCGAACGUGAAGCUGGAGUACAUCGACGAUAGCGGGCAUCUGCUGACGCCGAAGGAAGCGUUCCGCUACCUGUCGCACAAGUUCCACGGCAAGGGCCCGGGCAAGAACAAGGUGGAGAAGCGGCUCAAGAAAAGCGAACAGGAGGGGCUGAUGAAAAAGAUGAGCUCCACCGACACACCGCUCGGUACGCUGAACAUGCUGCAGGCGAAGCAGAAGGAAACACAGUCCCCAUUCAUUGUGCUAAGUGGAACGAAGCAGAACACAAGCAUCAUCAAGCAGCAGAAGCGUUAAUGCUCGGUGCCGCGUUUUUAAUUCUCCCCCAUUUUCAAAUAUUGUGUAUUGUCUGUUUGUGUCUUUUUUCGUUGUUGCGAGAUAUAUCCUCUACCCCUUCCCUCUUGGCUUUCUUUUCCCGCUAGUUAUAGCUUCACGCAAGGCGAUUUUUAACCAAUUCCAUAUGAGAGCCUACAAACAGUGCAUCAAUAAAUAAAGAAAACGUCCCGAAUUAGAGGAAUGUAUAGGAAAAUUCUAGAA